AUGCCAUCAUUGUCCCAACUUGCCAAAGGAUACGAGCACCCGGAUGUGCUCCCUGCCCCAUGUGCCCAGGCCGUCCUUGAUGAUGUCACAUCUAUUGCAACCCCGAAGGCCAAGGCUGCGACAAGGGUGUGCUUUCUUUCUGCCAACCUUUGCACACUUGGAGACAAAAAGCCCGCUCUACUGUGCCAGGCUGAGGCGCAGAGCAUUCAUGUCCUUGCUUUCCAAGAAACCCGCAGUCGCUGCGCGUGGCAGUCGCACGGGCGCUGGUUUCAGUUCCACUCAGCUGCUCAGGCUGGUCAAGGAGGUUGCUCAGUCCUUCUUGAUUCGCAAGCCCUGCGUCUAAAGAAGGAGGACUGUGUUACAGUCGAGGCGCGGGCUGACCUACUCUGCGUGCAUGUCAAGUCCACCGCCUUUCACGGUACCAUCAUCAGCUUUCAUGCCCCUCAUAGUUUGAAGCCUGAGGAAGAGAUACGUGGAUGGUGGCAACGUUUUGAUGCCUUUGUGUCUUCAGUCCAGUCCAAAGGUCCCAUGGUUUGGCUAGGAGAUGCUAAUGCUAGAUUGGGCGCAGGACACAGCAUGUGCCAUGGCUCUUACGGAGCCGAAGCCUCAAACCUUGCAGGCGAACAAUUUGCAUCGGUUGCGGAGAAGUAUUCUUGCGUCAUCGCGAAUACCCACGCUGAAAUCAUGCACGGGGUAGAUCACCGGACUUGGCGCGACCGGCGUCUCGACUACAUUGUUCUGCCGCCUGCCUGGGUUGCCGGAGCCUUCGCCCAUCCACCGUCGUGCUUUGAUCUUUUGAAUCCUCAUGAUGACCACCGGCCAGUCAUCAUCAGUUGCUGUGUUCCGGCAGCCUCCGCCAAGCAAGCCUCGCAGCGUGUUGGACGCUACCAGGAUCGAAAGCUUGUUCCGGCCGGUCGACCCCGAGACGACCCCAGGCCGCGAGCGACGCCCAAGCCCCCAGCGCGGCCGUACGUCUCUGCCACUACAGCCGCUAUGUUGCAGUUUCGCAAGGAGCUUUUCGGAAGACACCGUCAGGCGAAACUACGCACACAGCUUGACUUUCUGUCAUUCCCGUUCCGAGCCUGGGCGUCAAUGCGAUCAACGUCGCAGCCACCUCAUGGGCAAGUGAUUGCUAGGCGGCUCCACCUCGUUGCUGUUCUUGAGCAUGGCAUAGGUAGAACCAUCUACCAGAUCCGAGCUGCAAUUCGGCGAGACAAAGCUCACUACAUCCAACAACAGGUUAAGCAGCUCCGCCAACAUGCAGAUGCAAGAGAUUUCAGCCAGCUGUACCGCUCUUUGAGGUGUUUUCGAACAGGAGGUCGUAAGGUCAUGAAGCCCUUCUCUGUCCUGCUCACUUUGAAGGACUCCGGCGGCGAACUUGUCUUUGACUUUGAAGCUGCGCAGGCCAUCAAGGCGGACCACUUUGGGCGGAUGGAAGCAGCAGUCCCUAGCACCGCUGAUGAGCUAGCGGCCCAUGAUCAGGCACAGUGUCAGCUGCAUGAUUCUGCUGGCGAUCCUUUCGACCUGUUACAGCUUCCCUCUCUGCUUCAAAUAGAGAAGCAUGUUCGCCAGCUCCCGGCACACAAAGCUCCUGGGCCAUCUGGCGUACCAAACGAAAUUUGGACGUGCGCCCCUGCGCGUGCUGCGAGAUGUUGGUAUGGCCCCGUUUUGAAGAUGCAUGUCAGAUUGACGGAACCUUUCCGCAUGAGUUCAGGGCUUCUGGUCGCACUGUUUAAGCAGAAGGGUUCACCACAUCUUGUCAGCAACUACCGCAGCAUUCUCCUCCUCGAGGGAAUAGGCAAGGCCUCCAGAAAGUCCCUCCGUGGGCCCAUCUUGCAGUGUCUGGCGCAACAAGCCCCUCCACUGUUCGCUGGUUGCCUGCCAAAGUCCAAUCUCCAGAUGCUCACCCACUAUGCCCAGACCCUUGUCAAGUGCGCAAAAGCUAAGGGGCAUGCAUGCGCGUUGCAUUUCAUCGACGUGCAGUCUGCCUAUUAUGCUGUGUACAGACAGCAUCUCACUGAGCGCGAGGUUGACCACAGCAUAUGCAGCAUACUCUCGGCCAUGGGGGUAGAUCCCGACACCAUUCAUCUUGUCCGCUCAUGGGCUUCAGGCAGCCCGCUGCUAGCCGACAUCGACCCACAUCAGCUUCGUAUGCUAAGGGCACUCUUCCGUUGCCCUGCCUUUGUCCUUGCAACGAGGGAGCUCAAUGCCGCAUGCACAGCGAAGGCCUUCUGCAAGGCCCUGGUCUUGAGCUUCUCUGUCAGCCCCUUUGGGCAGAUGACGUACUUGUACCAGUCUGGGCCCCGACGGCAGCUGACCUUGAAGCCGUCUCUGUGGCAACCAGCCGCCACAUCCACGCUGUGUACACACGGCGAGCUCUGCGCAUCAACUACGCGCGAGGCAAGACUGAGAUCCUCCUUGUUGCUCACGGCAAAGGAUCUCGUUCGGAGCUCGGUCGUUUGCUUGGGCGCCUUAGCACGUGCUAAGCAUGCAGUAGUGCCUCUUGCGCAGCCAGUGCUUCGUAACACAGAUGUCCCGGAGCACGUUAGGCGUCUUGUGUUGUCAUCUCUGGGCCUAUCCGUCGCCCUUCACAAUGUCGGAAUCUGGACUUCACUGCCUGACAAUGCCAUGAACGCGUGGAUGAAUGGCAUAGGAGACCUCUACCGACUCCUGGCGCCAGAGGACAGGCAUACACACCACCCAGACUGCCCCGAUGUGCGAUCUGUGGCCGGAAGAUGCGGACUGCCAUACCCUGCCACGCUCCUCACCGAGCAACGCCUACUCCAUUUCAUGCGCAUAGUCGUUCAGGAAAGGGUUGAGUUGUGGGAUCUUCUUAUGGUUGAGUUCAGCUGCAGCUGUUACAGCUGGUUGCAUCUUGUCUUGCAGGACAUCGCCUUCCUUCGCUACUGGCAACCUCGAGUCUUAACCGCUGAUUGCUGGGAUAGGCUUGUGCAAUCGCCCGUUGAGCUCAUGGUAUGGGUUUCAGACCAUAGCAGGGUCUUUCGCCGCUUGAUUGCCCGCGCCAUCGAUGCACAAAGCAAGUCGCUGAGACACUGGUAUCUGCGGCAGAAGGAGGUUCGUGUCGCAGCCGCUCAGCGCUCGCCUGCUGUGACGAGUGAGUCAUGUGAGGCUCGCACUUGCGAUCUUUGCGUAUCCUGCCCCGAUUGCCCCCUCACAUUCGGCUCUGUCAAUGCCUUAGCAGCACACCAAGCCCUGCAGCACGGGGCCAUCAAGCUGGCUCGGCAGAUCACCAUGCCUGGCCAUCAUCGUGGCCUCCAGGCGUCCGCUGGGCGAAUGCACUCCAUCACAGCGACAAACUGGCGGCAUCCCCGCCGUCAGGGCUAG